UCUCAGCCAAUAGCAAAGCGUGGAUGUCGCGUUGCUCCAGCUCUAUGAGUGGUCAGUUUUUCAUCGACAAUCGACUGAAUCAACCAACAAAUAAUAAUCACAUUUUGUGUGUAAAGCCCGUUGUACGAGCGCAAUUACUACAAAUAUUACUCUAAACAAAUCAAGACUCUUCUAGAAACUUUUUGACAAGAAAAAAAGUAAAAAAAAAAAGUAAUUGGUGUUUGUGUGUGUGUGAUUGAAUUAAUCAUACAAAUUAUAUUUCGUGACUUGAUUAUCUUGAAUUAAUUAAAAAUAAAUAAUUGUAAUCAUGGCUGCAAUGUCUGUGAUUGGAAUUGAUUUUGGUAAUGAAAGCUGCUAUGUUGCUGUUGCAAGGGCCGGUGGCAUCGAAACCAUCGCCAACGACUAUAGUCUCCGGGCCACGCCAGCAUGUGUGGCAUUCAGUGGAAAAAAUCGUAUUCUUGGUGUUGCUGCCAAAAAUCAAAUGGUUACAAACAUGAAGAAUACAGUUUAUGGUACCAAGAGAUUAUUAGGUAGAAAAUACAAUGAUCCUCAGGUUAAGAGUGAACUUGCAACAUUACCCUACAAGACAAGCCAACAACCAGAUGGUGGAAUUGGUAUUCAUGUACAAUACUUGGGUGAGGAACAUGUAUUUACACCAGAACAAAUAACAGCAAUGUUAUUUACAAAAUUGAAAGAAAUAUCAGAGACAGCAUUACAAACAGCAGUUAAUGAUUGUGUUAUAUCUGUACCAUCAUAUUAUACACAAAAUGAAAGACAUGCCUUGAUGGAUGCUGCUAAAAUUGCUGGUUUAAAUGUAUUACGUUUAUUUAAUGAAACAACAGCAACAGCAUUAACAUAUGGUAUUUAUAAACAAGAUUUACCAGCACCAGAAGCACCACCACGUAAUAUUGUAUUUGUUGAUUGUGGUUAUGCAAGUCUUCAAGUAAGUGUAUGUGCAUUUCAUAAAGGUAAACUAAAGAUGUUAGCAACUGGACAUGAUAGUAAUUUGGGUGGACGUGAUAUUGAUAUUAUUCUUGCAAAUUAUUUUUGUAAAGAUUUUCAAGCACGUUAUAAAAUUGAUGCACAUUCAAAUCCAAGAGCAUAUUUAAGAUUAUUAGCUGAAGUUGAAAAAAUUAAAAAACAAAUGUCAGCAAAUUCAACAAAGCUACCAUUAAAUAUUGAAUGUUUUAUGGAAGAAAAAGAUGUUCAUGGUGAUAUGAAACGUGAAGAUAUGGAAUCAAUGUGUCAACAUUUAUUUAAACGUGUUGAAAUUGUAUUGAGAAAAUGUCUUGCUGAUUCUGGAUUAAAAAGUGAUGAAAUACAUUCAGUAGAAAUUGCUGGUGGUUCAAGUAGAAUACCAGCAAUUAAAAAAUUAAUUGAAGAUGUAUUUGGUAAAUCAACAUCAACAACAUUAAAUCAAGAUGAAGCUGUUGCACGUGGUUGUGCAUUACAAUGUGCUAUGCUUAGUCCAGCAGUUAGAGUACGUGAAUUUUCAGUAACUGAUAUACAACCAUAUCCAAUUAAAAUACAAUUUAAACCAAUGGCUAAUGAACAAGGUGAAUUUGAGAUAUUCCCUUAUAAUCAUCAAUUUCCAUUUUCAAAAAAUUUGUCAUUAAUCAGAUCAGAGCCAUUUACAAUAACAGCUGUUUAUGGUUCAACACCAUCAUCAUAUCCAUCUGAUCUUAUUGGUACAUUUAACAUCAAGAAUGUCAAACCAACACCAGAUGGUGAACCAUCAAAAAUUAAAAUUAAAUUGAGAAUAAAUAUCAAUGGAAUAUUUACAAUUUCAUCAGCAUCAAUGUCUGAAAUUCGUGAAUUAUCACAACAAGAAAUUGAAGAAGAAGAAAAACAACAAAAAACCAUGGAAACUGAUCCACAACCACAACCAGAUCAAGAAUCCCAAGCUAAAGAACCACCAGCACCAGAGGUGCGCGCGGAACAGGGCCGUCAAGAUUCAGAUGCUGAUGAUGAUGGAAGAAGUACAAAGGGCUCUGCCCCCUCCUACUCCUCCAGGAUUCGCUCUUGGUUCAGUUCGGGUGGUGAUGACAAGAAUGAGGAAGGAAAAAAUAAAAAAAAAGUACCUGUUCGUCAAGUUGAUCUUCCAGUUGAGGCUAAUGCUGGUGGACUUGCACAACAUGAACUUGAUGCUGCCAUUGAAAGAGAAUUUAAAAUGAUGGCUGAAGAUCGUCAAGAAAAAGAACGUAUUGAUGCACGUAAUGCACUUGAAGAAUAUGUUUAUGAUUUACGUUCAAAAAUAAAUGAUGAUUCUGAACUUGGUACAUUUAUAACUGAUAGUGAUAAAGAAGCACUAAGCAGAACACUUGAUGAAACUGAAAAUUGGUUAUACGAAGAAGGUGAAGAUUGUAACAGACAAGUUUAUCAAGAUCGUUUGAAUGAUCUUAAAUCACAAGGUGAACCAAUUAAACAAAAAAAACAUGAACAUGAUGGAAGAACUCCAGCAAUGAAUGAACUUGCUGGUGCAUUACAAAUUGCUAAAAAAGGUCUUGAACAAAUUAAAGUAUCACAAGGUAAAGAUGAUAAAUAUUCACAUCUAACUGAUGAAGAUAUUAAGCUAGUUAAUAAAACAAUACAAGAAAAAUCAGCGUGGUUAGAUGAUGCACGUAAAGUAUUUGUUAAUACACCACGUACACAAGCUGCAAGUAUAACACUUGUUGAAAUUCAAUCAGCAAAACAAACACUUGAUAGUACAGUCUUUCCAAUAUUGAAUAAACCAAAACCAAAGGUUGAACCACCCAAGGAAGAGCCAUCUAAAGAUAAUAAAAAUACAGAUGAUCAAAAAAAUCAUCAAAAUAAUAAUAAUGCCAAUCAAAAACCAGCUGAAGAAACAAUGGAUGUUGAAUAAAUAAUUUUGCCUAAAUAAACAUUAAAACAACUCACGUUUUCCAAGCACUAAAAAUAAAAAAAUAAUUCUUUGACAUUUAAAAUCACCAUUAUAUUGACAAAUACUUAAUUUUAAUUUUUAAAAUCCAUCAAAAAUUAAAAAACAAUUAUAUCCAUCAUUUACAGAUUAAUCUCAAAUGUUUCAUAGAAAAAAAUAAUAAUUAUUAUAAUUUUUAAUACUUUGUUUAAUUCUUCUUUCUGUGAAAUAAUUUUUCAUGGCAAUUUAAUAAUAAUAAUAAUAAUUGUCGUUUACAUGGGUCUACUUAAUUUCACGUAGAAUCAUUUUUUUCUUUUUUUUAUUAUUAUUAUUUCUACCUCAUUCCUCUUUUUUUUUUUUUUAUGCAAAAAAUAAUUUGUUAAGUUCACGAGAUGUAUCAUUAUCGCCAUGCAUAUUUUUCACAUGUUUAAUUUUUUUUUUUGUUUUUUAUAUACAAUCACGAUGCCAGUGAUGAUUUAUUAUAAUUUUUUUUCAUCUAGUUUCACCUGAAUGAUUGUUAUUUUCAAAUGUCAAAGUUGAUUAUAAAAUAAUGUAAAAAAUAAUGCAAAUUAAUUGAGUGACCAAAAAACAAGUGAUAAAUUUCGCUGGCGAUAAAAUGAACUCAACAGUUGAUCAUUCAUUCCAACAAUUGAUGGAAAUUAUUGUGUUGCAUUUACAAUUAAUUUACGAAAAUUAUUCUCUUUGAAUUUAAUAGAUAAUUCAUUAUCAUUCAAUUUUUUUUUGCAAUUAUCAUUUCGGGAUUUAUGUUGAUGGAGGUAAUAA